CACACCCGGAGAGAGAGAGAGAGAGAGAGAGAGAGAGAAAAAGUACUGCGGACUGAGUGCAAGGAGUAGUGCGUUUACAAUGCGUGAAUAGAGUAACUCCACCGUAGGAACCAUAUUUUGGAAGGCGGUGCAGGCACACUGUGCGAGAACCAAACCGAUUAGAUAACUGACAGUGAAGCCUACCUACGCAGCCCAAAUUACGAAGUGCUAUGGAGGACCUACGCGAGAUGGACUGCCCGGUGGUGAAGCGGUUCUUAAAGGACGACAGCGCCAAGUGCCUGCUGCUUGACUGCCGCUCUUUCCUCGCCUUCAACGCGGGACACAUCCGCGGGGCCGUCAACGCCCGCUGUAACACUAUCGUCCGCCGCAGGGCCAAGGGCUCCGUGCUCAGCCUGGACCAGAUACUGGCCGGGGACGAGGAGGUCCGUGAACGCCUCCGCUCCGGGAUGUACUCCGCGGUGGUGCUGUACGACGAGAGGACGCCGGACUCGGACACGGUCAAGGAGGACAGCACGCUGACUCUGGUGCUCAACGCAGUGUGCAGUGACUCCUCCGGCACACAAAUUUACCUGCUUAAAGGUGGAUACGACAGGUUUUUCUCAGAGUACCCAGAGUUUUGUAUAAAGACCAAAUCCUUACCAACCCUCUCCAGCCAGUCCAGCGUUGAGUCUUCCUGCUCGUCUUGUGGGACGCCGCACCACGACCAGGGCGGCCCAGUUGAGAUCCUCCCAUUCCUCUACCUUGGCAGUGCCCUCCACGCCUCAAAGAAAGAGGUUUUGGACGCCAGAGGAAUCUCCGCCCUGCUGAACGUCUCCGCCGACUGUCCAAACCACUUCGAGGGGGCGUACCAGUACAAAUGUAUUCCCGUGGAAGACAACCAUAAAGAGGACAUCAGCUGCUGGUUCCUGGAGGCUAUUGAGUUCAUAGAUUCGGUACGGGACUCCAGUGGGCGAGUGCUGGUCCAUUGUCAGGCAGGCAUCUCCCGCUCCGCCACCAUCUGCUUAGCCUACCUGAUGAAGAGGAAGCGGGUACGUCUGGACGAAGCCUUUGAGUUUGUGCGGCGGCGUCGCAGCAUCAUCUCCCCCAACUUCAGCUUCAUGGGCCAGCUGCUGCAGUUUGAGUCGCAGCUCCUCGCCACCUCGUGUGCUGCCGAAGCGGCCGCCACGGCGAGCCCUCUGCUCGGACCCAAGUCCUCGACGGCCACCACGGUGACGUCGGCCACGCCCACCUCUCCGUUCAUUUUUAACUUUCCCGUUUCCGUGAUGAACCCCGCCUACCUGCACCACGGCCCACUUACAACGUCCCCCGGAUGCUGAUGGUUAGCCAAUUGCAACCUUUACCCAAUCAACUGACUCACAGACUGCGCUGCCAGAAAGAGCUGUCAGUAAGACAGUAUGUACAUGCUUCCAGGACAGGAAGGUGAGAAGCGUCACGGUGCCUGAUCAAAACUUUUUACAGAAUCCAGCCUUCGCUCCUUCCAUUUAAAAACAAGGUUUCUUUUAAUCGACCAAAAAUGAACUGGCUUUCAAGCUCACGUGUCGGACCGACGUUAGCAGAAGAUACACACUCUUCUUUUAAAACACAACAACAUGCACACUGACCCAGAGAGGCAGGAGCAGCGGCACACAUUCUCGCUCAGCCUCACACACACACACACACACACACACAUUCAUGACUACCAAGUGAAUAAGCUCAGUAUGAAGACAGGGUCUGUUGCUAUGGAGAGGACAGGUCUUUAGGAGAGGAGAUGGACACAGGAAGGAAGGAGGAAUUUUAAGCACCCGCUCGUUCCCCUUUGGGUGUCCCUCCUGUUGGCAGACAAAAGAGAAGGGUGGAAAAAAGAGGCGAAGAGACGGUGAUAGAAAGCAGGAGCCCCUUCCGUGACAGGUGCUCCGACCGGGGCUUCCUGUCUUUCAGGUCCUCUUCCUCUCUCUGUCGUCCUCCCCACCCCCUCACCUUCCUCUCCUCUCUCAUCUCCCCUUUUCAUCCUUUUAUAUUCCUUCCCUCCUCUCAUCUCUGCCUCUCAUCUUCGCCCUGUCCGCCCCCUCUCCUCUGCUCCUCAUCUCCUUGCUGAAGAGGCUAAAUAAAUAAAAUAAGAUGCCAAAUGAAGGCCAGGGCCCUGCUAAAUGGACUGGGAAACCCCACUGAAGGGAACAGCUACUACUACAUUACAAAAAUGUUUUUUGUGACUAAAGGGCUGUAAGAAAAGCUGUAAGAAGACGAAAAUGUGUUUCUGCUUUUUGAGAUGAGUGGACUGAAUUUGAAGCACAGUGGUUCUGCAAGACAGCCACUUAAAGGACCAUUCAGCUGGUUAUGUAUGUCUCAACGUAUCAUACAUAUUAUUAUUCUUUACUAUGAACCAUUUCCAAAGAGUUUUAUGGUUAUUUUCUGAAGCAAAUGAACUGCCGACACUAGCUGCAGUAGGAUGCUUUGGAAAAUGUUUUUUUUUUGUGGUUAUUGGCUGAAAUGUGCAUCACCAUCUAAUGGUCCUUUACAGAUGUGUGUGCCUUGUUCUUAAAGGUAUCCUACAGAUGUUGGCUUGUUGCUAGAAAGCCGAUUGCUGAAUGUCGGUCAAACAUUACAAAUGUCAGCAUUUCAGCAGCGCAGUACAGACUCUUAUUCCACAACGUCUAAAGCUUCUUCAUCUCUCACACUCACAGAUGCAAACGAACAUAAUGUAUUUGAGGAAUUCAAUAUUUACACCUUUACAUAAACUGAAAAUAAUGAGAAUUUGAACAUGAUAAUUAGACAAGAAAAAUACAUUUGUCAAGUGUGCUUGUACAUCUUUUAUAUGAGAAAAUGUGUGACAAUUUAGAGGCAACGUUUUUUCCUCUUGGCCAUAUUUUCAAAGACAAUGCUGAGCAAACAUCAGGGACCCUAUCCCCUAGUGACUGAUUGAUUCCCCCUUUUUAAGUCCAUACUGAAAAAUGAAGCGUGAUGAAGUAAUAAAGAGAAGAUAGCUUUGGGUAUUUACGAUGAUAAUCCAAAAACAGGAAGUUGAUUCUCUGUUUGUGAAGAUUGUCCACACAUCUCCACUUCAAUAGGGCGUCAAAUCCAAACAUCCUGCCAUUUUCAUAAUGUCACACUUUAAGACAAUGUUUGUAUCGCUUCUGCUUUUGACUGAGCUAAGCUUUACACUCUGUGCUAGAAAUCCAAAGGCACAAAGUCCCAUCAUGGUUGCUCACACACAUAUAUACACACAGGGUUUCAAAGAAAAUCUAUUUCAGUUUUUGAAGAUUGUUGGCACCUAUCUCUGUAGCACUUUGAAGUGAUGCAAUACUGUAUUUAUAAUUUGUGAUUGAUUUGCACAUCAUGGUGAUGGUAAACUGAAUAGACUUUGCAUUGUGUCCAUGAAGGGUGGGAAACAGAGAGAGAUGAGAGAGCCAAUCAGUGAGAAACGCAAUACUUUGUACACAUCUGUGUGGUAAUCGUGUAUUUGUCUAUCUGUCAGCCUGUCUGCCUCUCUGUCAGUCCGUCUCUCUGUCUGGUCACUGAUGUUUACCCAUCAUGGCAAUAUCAAUCCUCCACUUGGACAUUUAUAUAUAUAUAUAUAUAUAUAUAUAUAUAUAUAUAUAUAUAAAAUAAAUACAACUUUCCCUCAAUUUUAUUGUGGAAUGAAUUACCUGUACAUUUAUUUAUUACUGAAGAUCCACUGUUGAAUAAAAAAUGUUCCUAAAUAA